AUGACCUUCUAUGGAGGCUCCGGCCCUUCGUCAAUCUUCUUCUAUGUUGCAAUGGGCAUAGGGGUGGUUUUUGUCUUCAUCUUCACCAUUUCCGGGCUUCGAUACUACGUCCGACGCCGGAGACUCGCAGCAACUGGCGACUACAUGGACUACGAAUCUUACCCGCGAGACACAACAACACAACAAUAUGCUGGCGUGUACCAAAUCAAUGGCAAUGUUAAUGGCCCGUUGUCUCCAGAUAAUAUUGUCAUGGGCGGCGGUCCGGGUCCUGGAAGCGGGUUCCCAAUGCAACAACAACAACAACAACAGUACCAACACCGGCACACUCUCUCAACAGAUUCAACCGAUGGGUCUCUCAUGUUUGUAUCGCAAAAUGCGUACCCUUAUAAUGUGGGAGCAAGCGGAGCGCGUCGUGCAAUGCAACAGGCUCGUGCGCAAGGACGCAGAACCCGACGCGAAAAGAAGCUCAUGACUCAAGAACAAAUGGAUGCACGGUACCCCGCAAUGAAGUUCUGCGACGCCAUUCUUACGAGUCAACUCUACAAAGAAGACAAACCCGCACAAAAUUUCCAAGAAACCUUGAUUGGUGGUGCAAAAAAUCCAGUAAGUCCCACUGAUGCUCUGCAACAAGGCUCCACUGUAAGCAAUGGCAGCAGCAGCAGCCGCAGCAACAACAACAAGGCUGAUCGAGAAAACGCUGGUUCAAUGUUGCAAGAGUCUCCUUCUAUGGCCACAGAAUUAUCGUCGUCUUCAUCGACUGCGUGCUCUGCUGCCUCGUCUGCUACGUCUUCGGCUGCCUCGUCCCCGGCUAGUACCAAAAAGGGCAAUGUCGUCAUCACAGCCACUGGAGUAGAUGACGAGGAGGACAAUGACAUUGACAACCCGCUCAAAACGGACACCAACAACCAACAAUCGCUGCCGCUUCCAUUAUCUUGGAGAGGUCACCACAGUAAACAUCUCAGUCUUAUUUUCGCAAGUAAUGGCAGUACGCGCAGUCUCGAUGCCGUCGACAAGUCUGCGAAUAAACGGCGGUCUUUUCUUGAGUCGCUGGGUAUCCGGCCCUCAUCAUCAUCUUUGGCUGCUUCUACAACCACGUCGCGAGGCAGGUCCCAUGGGGUGGUUUUGGAUGAAUGGAAUUUAGGUAAUGGUGAAGAAGAUGACGAUAAGCCUUUGGGUGAAGACAAGCGAAACCGUUCACACGGACCCCGCAUAGCUCCCCAAGACCUGUCGGCGCACCGCCAUUCCCGACUGCACGCACGCAGUCGCAGUACGGAGUUGGGCCCAGCUUUUGUGCCUAUGCCUGCACCUGCUUUGACGACGCGUCGUGUUGCACUACGACCUGACUUUGUAAGACACUCAACACCAAAUGUUAGUGGAUGGAACCCCAUGUGGGACGAUCAUCCCAAUCUUGGACAAGACGAGGACGAUGGAAACCUUAGUGUUUCAACUCUUUCGUGUUCUUCUGACGAGGAGUCUGAUUCUAGCCAUCACAUUGGUGAUCACAACACAAUAGCUGGCAAUUCAGCCUCAACAAAAAAUACAACCACAACAAUUGCAACAACCAAAUCUGGAAACAAUGUCACGGUUGUAGAUAACGACUUGUCGACAUGCGCGGUGUGCAUUGACGACAUGACUCCUGAAGAUUCUGUGCGCGUACUUUCGUGCGGCCACAUUUUCCAUGAUGAGUGUAUUGGUCCGUGGCUUUUGUCGCGCCGUGCCUGCUGUCCCAUGUGCAAGCGCGAUCUGUAUGCGCCCAAGCCCAUUGACCCGCUAGGCCCGGAGCCCUUGCGCGAGACUGGGCGGCUUGGUAUAGCUACUGAAACUGCAGCUGAGCGAAGAGAACGGCGCAGGCGUCGUCAGCAGCAGCAGCAGCAGCAGCAACAACAAAAUCAAAUUCGGCACCGCCAUAGUCGGAGCAUUGGACGAGAAACUGGUAGCACAAGAAUAAGUCACGAGACAGCGCAGGACGCUGGCCAUGGAGGUGCUCUUGGGCGGUUAUUUGGGUCCCUUUGGGGGGCUCCUCGAGUGGGAAGCAGUAGUGGCAGCGAUAGUUCACAAUCUGUGCAUACUUCGAGUGGCCCACAACAGCACUCACCAUGA